GCGCGGCUCUGUGCGCGAUGACGCAAUGAGGCCCCCACGCCCAGGAGUCGCGCGCCUCAGCGGUUGGUGAAGCGAAGGAAGAAAAUUCCGCCGGGAGCUGGAGCUGGAGGAAGAGGAAGAAAGAGACAGAGAGCGACUCGGACAGCGAUCCAGAAAUAUGAGCUUGAAAUCAGAACGAAGAGGAAUUCAUGUGGACCAGUCAGAACUGCUGUGUAAGAAAGGGUGUGGUUACUAUGGAAAUCCUGCUUGGCAAGGUUUUUGUUCCAAGUGUUGGAGAGAAGAAUACAGCAAAGCGAGACAACGACAAAUUCAGGAAGAUUGGGAGCUUGCAGAACGUUUACAGCGUGAAGAGGAAGCUGCUUAUGCUAGCAGUCAAGGGGCUCCAUCACUCACCUUUUCUAAAUUUGAAGAGAAAAAAACAAAUGAGACAAAAAGAAAAGUCCAGACUGUCAAAAAGUUCUUCAGUCCAUCAUCCCGGGCUGCACCAAAGAAAGUGAAUCAAGCCAAAGUUCAUAAGCAUGGAUUAGGUGGGAGGGAAUGCAAUGCGGAUAACAUUCUUAGGGAUUUGAAGGAGAUUUUUACUCCACCGUGGGAGCUGGCUUCUCCUACUGAAGUAGCAGACAGUCAGGAAGUUAAAGCCUCAAGUCCAUCCAUAAAUAGGCAAACCAGCCUAGAAACAGAACGAGCAUCUAAGGAUUUUAUUGAUUUCCUUAAGAGCUUUCGCAAGCCUGGUCAAGAUAUACUAAAACAAUGCAGAGGAUUUAUUGAGUCAAUGCAACAUAAAAAGGAAUUGAGCAUUGAGGAACAAUCUGAGUGUGUUCAGGACUUCUAUCAAAAUAUGGUUGACCGACUGCAGACACACUCCACUUUUAAAGGUUCCUCUGAGCGGAUAGACAAAUUGAUGGACCAGAUUGAAAACUUCAUCAUGACGCGACUGUACAAGAAUGUGUUUUGUCCAGAGACAACUGAUGAUGAGAAAAAAGAUCUUGCAAUUCAGAAAAGAAUCAGGGCAUUGCACUGGGUGACUCUUGAAAUGUUAUGUGUUCCAGUGAAUGAAGAAAUUCCUGAAGUUUAUGAAUUGGUUGUGAAAGCAAUUACAGCUGUUAUUGAAAUGGAUUCACGACGUGUUCCCCGUGAAAAAUUGACCUGCAUCACACAAUGCAGCAAGCAAAUAUUCAAUGCUAUAAAGAUCACAAAGAAUGAGCCUGCUUCUGCUGAUGACUUCUUACCCACACUUAUCUAUAUUGUUUUGAAAGCUAAUCCACCUCGCUUACAGUCAAACAUCCAGUACAUUACUCGAUUCUGCAAUCCAAGCAGACUAAUGACUGGAGAAGAUGGAUAUUAUUUCACAAAUUUAUGUUGUGCUGUUGCCUUCAUUGAAAAAUUGGAUGCCCAAUCUUUGAACCUGACUCAGGAAGAUUUUGAUCGCUAUAUGUCUGGCCAAGCAUCACCCAAGAAGCAGGACUCUGAAGAAUGGUCUCCUGAAGCAUGUCCAGGACUGAAGCAGAUGUACAAAAACUUAAAUCUUAUUUCUCAACUGAAUGAGAGACAACAAAAAAUUUUGUCAGAUGCUAAGCAGCUUGAAAAAGAUCUAAUUGACUGGAGCGAAGGUGUGACAAAAGACAUUGAAGAUAUUAUUGAGAAAUAUCCACUUGAAAUCAAACCUAAGGGCCAACCAGUGGCUGCAAUUGAUUCUGACAAUGUAGAAAAUGACAAGCUUCCACCACCAAUCCAACCACAAGUAUUCAUUGGUUGAAAGAAUGUUAACUGAAUGUUAAACUUGAGCAAACUCUCCUUUGAUGUUCAAUCUGUUCACUGCUAACUGCUAACUAUGGCUCUGGAACAUACAUUACAGGAGUACAGCUGUGUUCAAACUACUGACUUUGUGAAAUGUUUGCAGUAAUAUUUGCAAUUCAGUUGUAAGGUAUAGAUUUGUUGGAGAUUUAUAACAAAGGCUACUUCAAAAGUUAAUGGCUGAUCUCUGAUUUUUUUUAAAAAAUAGAUCAAAAUUGUAAUGUUAUGAUUAGUACCUUUUUUAAAUGAGAAAUAAAAACCAAGGAAUGACGGAAUCCUUCAGCGACUUAGGCAGCAUGCACAGAAUCUUCAGUCAAACCUGACUUGACUAGCUAACCUGUUUAGUGUUUGCCUUCUAUUAUUUUUGAUUUCCAGGAUCCAGAGUAUUCUGUUUUUGUUUCCCUCUUUAAUCCGGCAUGCAAAUUUCAAAGUGUAUUUUAUAUUUACUAAAUUCUCUGCAACACUUUUUUUCCUUGAUUUGUCACUGAGAGUAGUUCAUAUUCAGGGAUUCUAGUUAAAGUUACUGAGUAAAUUAAAAUUGCUUCUAAUGUGUUCAAUUCUAGGAUUUACUCCAUGAUUCAUUUUUUUAAAAAAAAUCAGAAACCAUUAUUGAUAUUUCUUCGAUAAUCUCAACUUUAAUGCAAUGUUUCAUUGUAAAUAUGUUCAUUGUGCAACACAUCGAUAAUUUGGCAUAUAGUGUGGAACAAUCCAUCCUUUAAAGCAAAAGGAUAAAUCUUUACAUUUUUCAUUUCAUUGCAUGUUAUAUUAUGCAAAAAGAAACAAAAGAUGUUUCACUUUUUAUCAUCUUUGCCAACAUCUUUAUCCCCUGUUUUUAUUUUGAAAACACAUCAGCAAUAAAUAUGACCUAGUUGGAGGUUUUCUUUGUAUGGGCCAAUUGUGAAUCGUAUGAAAUGCUUGAUGUAUUAUUCAUUUACAUGGUCCAUUUGCAAUAAUUUAACCUAAAAUGUGGUUGAUGGAUGUUAAAAUUGAAGCAGAGUUCGGACAUUAACUUGGUGAAAGUAGCUCUUAUUUCUGUACAGAAUACAGUUUGCUUGGGCUAUCUAUCAAUAUUUUUAGUUGCUAAAUUUUGAGUGGCAUAUUCCCAUUUAUCACUGGUUGCUGACUUCAAUUUUCUGGGUAUCUGUUUUAUUUACUUUUUAGUCUCUAAAAUAAUUUAUGUACAUAAUAUUCUAACAAAGUACUAAUGGAAACAGUGCUUACUUUAACUUUGGCAUUGUAACGUUUUAUGUUCAAUGACUAAAAUAUAAUAGGCAAUUUUGCACAACUUCACAUUAAAGGUCCAUAUUCCGCAGUUAACUUUUAUUUUCAAAUUUCAGUAUAAUAAAUUUAGAUUGCUUCUCCUAUUGGUAAGCCUACAUUAUACAAUCUGGAGGGUUCCAUCAAUAAGUCUUCAUAUUUCAUUAAAAUGCUUUAGGAGGCCCUGAUGUUGUA